CUUCUUCAUCUUUGAUGUAAAUAGCAUCCUGGACUAGAUAGCUGGAAUCCAGCUACUAGAGGCCGUUCACACUCAACAUCAGAGCAAUUAUGUCUCUCUCAGGGAAAACCGCACUCAUCACUGGCGGUGCCAAGAACCUCGGUGCUGAAAUUGCUCUUGCCUUAGCUGCUCUGGGAGCCAAUCUCGCUCUUCACUACAACUCCCCUUCUUCAAAGGACGAAUCUAUCAAGCUACAAAGGACACUUAGCACUUCUUAUCCGGAGAGCAAGGUCCAGUUUUACCAAGCGGAUCUUACCACAGGGGCCGCGGUCGACCAGCUGUUCACAUCCGUUGUGAAGGACUUUGGCAAGCUUGACAUUGUCAUCAACACAGUCGGCAAGGUUCUCAAGAAACCCAUCACCGAGAUCUCAGAAGCGGAGUAUGAUACCAUGUUUGCCGUGAACUCCAAAUGCGCCUUCUUUGUCCUGAAGCAUGCUGCCAAGCAUAUCCAGGAUGGCGGCAAGAUCAUCACUAUAGUAACUGCUCUUCUUGCAGCUUUCACAGGACUCUAUACUUCAUACGCUGGAUCAAAGGCCCCGGUGGAGCAUUUCACAAGGGGCGUUGCGAAGGAGCUUCAACCUCGGGGUAUCAGCGUGAAUGCAGUUGCGCCUGGUCCUAUGGAUACCCCAUUCUUCUACCCACAAGAGUCUUCAGAGACAGUCGCGUUUCAUAAGAGCCAGGCUCUUGGUGGAAGGCUUACGGACGUGAAGGACAUUAGUCCACUUGUGAGAUUCCUCGUGUCGGAGGGUGGAUGGAUUACUGGUCAGACCAUCUUUGCAAACGGUGGCUAUACUACUCGGUAAUAGGCAAAUGGAAAAAAGCUGGUUGCGGUUAAGGGGUAACGCAUUCUACGCCAGGGAGCUAUUUGCGAAUAAUGACUCUUUCGGCACCUGUAAAUGUGUACUGCCCGAAUUUCGUAGGCAGUGAGAGAAACGCCUGAAAUUAUACUCAGAGCUUAGGCGAGACACAGUCGUAGGCAAUCAUCUCGGCAAGAAUGUCUAAGAUGAGCCAGAGGAGCGUUAGUUAUAUAUGAAUUGAGACAGAUAUAAGCCGA